UGCCUUGGGGCGCGAGCGCAGCGUGGUGCGGGCGGCAUGGCGGCGGCCAAGAGGAAGCGCGGUGUGCCGGCGGCGCGGCCGAAGAAGCGCCUCAAGAAGGCGGCCAGCGCGCCCGAGCCGGACGCCAAGCCGGCCCCGGAGGAGUACAGCAUCCCACCGCCUGUCUCGCAGGGUAAAUGGAAGAACAAGGAGCGAGUGCUGAUUUUUUCUUCUCGUGGAAUUAACUUCAGAACAAGACACCUCAUGCAAGACUUGAGGACGUUGAUGCCUCACUCUAAAGCAGACACUAAAAUGGACCGUAAAGACCAACUGUUUGUAAUCAACGAGGUGUGUGAAAUGAAAAACUGCAAUAAGUGCAUCUUUUUUGAAGCCAAAAAGAAACAGGAUCUCUAUAUGUGGCUUUCAAAUACACCACAGGGACCAUCGGCCAAAUUCUUGGUGCAGAACAUUCACACACUGGCUGAGUUGAAGAUGACAGGAAACUGCCUAAGGGGUUCACGACCCCUUUUGUCUUUUGAUCCAACAUUUGACAAGGAGCCACACUAUGCCCUGCUUAAAGAGUUGUUUAUUCAGAUCUUUAGCACACCACAGUAUCACCCGAAAAGCCAGCCUUUCGUGGAUCAUGUUUUCACAUUCACCAUAACAGAUGAGAGGAUAUGGUUUCGGAAUUACCAGAUAAUAGAAGAAGAUGCAUCUCUAGUAGAAAUUGGGCCUCGUUUUGUCUUGAACCUCAUAAAAAUCUUCCAAGGUAGCUUUGGAGGACCAACUCUGUACGAAAAUCCACAUUACCAGUCCCCAAAUAUGCAUCGACGGCUGGUAAGAUUGUCAGUGGCAGCCAAGUUUAGAGAGAAACAGCAAGUGAAGGAAGUACAAAAGAUUAAGAAAGAAGGUAGUAAGGUGCUUGUUAAAGAAGAUCCUACUGAAGUGGUCUUUGAAACUCCAGCUGAAGAAAAGCCAGUGGAAACUGAGCUUGUGAAACCAGAGUCAAAGGCAAUUGUUAAAGAUAAAAAGAAGCCACGCAAAAUUCAGAGGAAGAAGCAAAAAAAGCUUUUCAGAACUGAAGCAUCAGCAUAAAUGUUACAAAUGAUGAAACUACUUAUUUUGACAUAAUAUUGUAAAUAUUUGUUUUUACGUGCCAAACCAAAACCAUGUCAGUUUCAAGUAAAGAAAAUACCAGUUUC